CGUUCAUUGUGGUUAGUGCCUGCAUCUGUUUCCGAUAAAAAAAACUUCGUUGCAUGCUGAUUUCUUUCCAACGAACCAUUUGGUUUUGAAAUCUAAAUCGUUGCCUAACCACUCUUUCUGCCUACGGCUAAAACUUCUCGUUCCUUAUCAAGGUUUUCCCCUCUGCUCACCAGCAUCCUGUUCUUUAUAUUUCUCAUGACAUUUUACGUAUUCACCUUCAGUCAGUUGUUUUCACGCCAAAUACGAAAGCACUAGGUGCCAAACAAUUUUACAGCAUGUGAUCACAUAUUUACAAUCACAGUGUCUGGAAAUGUUUGCGUGUAACUUCGUGAAGUCGAUGCAGUUGGUGUUUUUCUUUUACUUCGUUCGAAGUUAUGCGCAACGGAUACGUUUGCUUCCGGAUGUGGCAGAACAAGUGAUUGAUGCAGGUUCCAACAUCACUCUGAUUUGUAUCUUUGAGGAUUUAAAAUUUUACAGUAAAAUAUCGGCUGUGGCACCUCUAUCAUGGGAAUUGCCCGACUACAUCGUGAAAUAUCCGGAAGAGAGUUUUGUCGCUAAUCGCCUUGUUAAGACGUUUGACACCAAUGAAACGCACAAGAUAUCGUCUCUUACUCUGGCACAGGCCACAACGAAAGACACGGGAUAUUUCGGUUGUACCGGACGGUUAUUGCGUGUUUAUGAUGAAACCUUAGAAACCAAACAAUACGUCUACGUUUACCGUAACGAUAGCCUCGCUUUCAUUGACGAUCCAUCCCAAGGUGGUAGAAAGGGCUACCACUUUACUUUUCGACAAGGGAAUUCCGGCCUUGUUCCAUGCAAAUCCACUCAUCAAAAUGUUACCGUAACUAUCAAAUCGGGUAUCCUUACUGUGUUAUAAAUUCGGGAUAGCCCUGUGGCGUUUUUUGAAAUAAUUUCAAAAAUACCUCUCCUCGGAUUUGAACCAAUAAUAAAAAGUAUAACGUGGUUCCCAGCUAGCGACUGAACCCACUGUGCCAUCGGAAUACGUCAAUAUAUUAUGAACUCAUGAAAACCAAAGGGAAGUGGACGUCGACUAUAUUUUACGGGUAUCCUUACUGUGUUAUAAAUUCGGGACAGCCCUGAGGCGUUUUUCGAAAUAAUUUCAAAAAUGGAUCUCCUAGGAUUUGAACCAAGGACCAAUAAAGAUAUUCGAGCUCCUAGGCGGAGUCUGAACCCACUGUACCAUCGGAAUAUAUCUUACAUUUUCGAUCUCUUCAACGUAUGAUGCAGACCAAAGAGAUGUGACCACAGAAUUAAUUUUACGGGUAUCUUCACUGUGUUAUAAAUUCGGGACAGCCCUCAGGCGAUUUUAGAAAUAAUUUUAAUAAUUUUUUGGAUUUGAACCAACGACUAAAAGUUACACAGGUAACUGAUAGUUACUUAACCCACUGUGCCACCUGAACUUUAUUUAGGAGUAUGUAAUAACAAAUUAAAAUGGAAUUAACAAUAAGGGAAUGCAAGACUCUUUUAAAAAAUCAUCAAUAAAGACGUAAUGAAAAAACUUUCAGCAUGAUCAACAUCCACCUCAAAAUAAGUGUCGUCAAACUGCACGUAACUUAAAAGAAGUUAGUAAAUCCCAGAUAUUGACACUUCAACUAGUACCAUCUUGCGUACAUUAUACUGUCCCGAUUUUGUGUACUUGGGUGUCCCGAUUUUGUGUUAUGGGUUUUAUCACCAGCAAGCUUCUCGAUCGAUUUUAUGGAAAUUUCUGAUUUUUUCUUGCAUUUCAAUGAAUGGAAUCUAGAGAUUCUGUCGAGCUCUUUCAUUUAAGACUAAAUUCAGCUCAAAAUAACCCCUAAAUAACUUAAUAUGGAUGGAUUUCAAACGUCCCAAAUCUAGCUUUUUUCUAAGUCCUUUUUUAUAAUAUAUUAUUUGUCAUAUCUUUACAAUUUGUACAGCUACAUUGACAUAGUUGUAUGUAAACGUAGAUCCGUUUAUUUUCUUUAAUUUCAGCAACUUUCCCUUUAAAAAAUCGGGUUAGUUUUUCUAUUAAACUGAAAAAUGUUAUUUCGUCCCAAAUAAGAAAUUUUCGGGCCUGUCCCGAAUUAGGUACUUUACCCUAACACAAUAAAUAAUAAAGAUGAAUUUUCAAAUGCAUUUUUAAUAUUUUAAAAUAGAAUAAACAAAAAUAAGUCAUUAAAAACAAAUUUGAUUUGUUUUUUUGCGCAAUUUAAAAAAAUUGUGAAUUUCAAUUACGAAAUUUAACAUAUCAAAAAUUGUCUAAUGACUUCGACCGUAUUUAAGGAUAGGGAAUCAAAUUAUGUUUAAAUUAAAUCUAUUUCUGGACACAUUGAUUAGUAAUUUUAUAGAUUAUAGAACAAAAACCUAUAUUUUUACUAUACCCCCGAGAGGCGAGGGUCCUCCUAACCUAGCGAACCUGGCGGGAAUCUUGGGAUCCUUUACUAAACACCCGCCGUUUCUUCCAAGAGACUGGGAUAGCCGGAUAGUGCAUCUUUCCUAUUAUAUCACGCUGAAACCAAGAAGUUAGAGUUGGGCUAUCAAAUUACAGCCUUAUGGAGAGUUGGAUCCCACACCCUUGCUACCUAUUAAUCAGAGUGUAGCAGAGACUUGACGUUGCUCGUUCCUGACCAAAUUCUCAAGAGAUUCAGUGCACGAAGAAUUCUACCAGAAGUCAUAACUAAGAAUUUUAUAGAAAGCUACGCGUGACGCUUGUCGGUCAAGGAAGAAGAAGAGCUACCCACCCGAUAUUGGCUGCCCCAUUUCGGUGUACCAAUGGCCUCUGGGUGUCAAGAAUUGCGCUUAGUAUUCGGCGCGGCCUCAAAGUAUCACGAAAGUAGCCUUAACAACUACGUCACGGCAAAACUGACCCUUCAAAACCCACUUCCCGCCGUUCGUUUCCGUUCUUCGUUUCCACUAGGGAGUGGUUGCCUGGGCAUCCGACAUCGUCGCCAUCUUUAGUCGCAUUCGAUACAACCGUGGAUUGAGGAGAGGCAGAUGGUGCCAUUCUGCGCAACAUCUACGUCGAUGACUACCUCGACUCUGGCAGGUGCAUGGAAGAAGCGUUCUGGUGAGCGACAGCAGUAAAUGGGUUGGUCAAGAGCGGCGACUUUCACCUAGACCAUUGGGUGUCGAACGACAUCCGUCUCUUGGUGAAACUCCCGCCAUUCGACUCGAAGAGUAACAAGUUUGUCAACAUUGGAGCUUACGACGCGGAGAUCAUCCUUGGAAUCACAGAGAGGCCCGCCACUAACAUGUUGGGGUUCCGAAUGAAAUUAAUACACAUCACCUACACGAGUGUUGAACUUUUAUCGAAAGUGCGGGUCUUUUUUACCCUUGGGGAACUGCUGCACAACUUACUCUGAAGGCCAAAAUUUGACUAAAAGAACUGGGCUUAAAAGGAUUGAAGUGAGAUGUCCCAGACACUGGUUCAGAUCGCGAAUGCUUUGAGCAGUUCUUCGGUGCAAUGGAGCAGCUGCAGAAAAUAGAAUUCUCCCGCUGCAUCUUUGCGGAUAAGGAAAAUAUUGUCCGUACGGAAUUGAAUACCUUCGUUGACGCCUCAGAAUAGGCCACAUGCUACAUCCAGCGUGUAUAAAGACCAUAAAGUAAUUGUCGUCACUCGUCAAAUCAGUGACAUAAUAUCUGUCCAUGGUUGAUGGUUCGAAUCACAAAAAAAUUAUAAUUGAUGAUUUAUAUUUGAAUGAUAUAAUUGAACAGUAUGAUUGGAAAGUCGACUAUUGCUAAGACAUCUAAGCGUGAAAAAAUGUUUGCUCUCUGAAAUCAUCAUUCAAUCUCAUUUUCACCCAUAUUUUUACGUCAAUAACAACAUCCGAAAAGUAACAUAUAAACAAGAAUGAAAUUAGCAUUGUAAAUUAGAUCGUUUUCAUGGAAGUUUGGAAAAAGUGUCACAUGCUUAUCUGCGUGCCACACUUUAGACAUUGGUACCGGGAAAAAUCCCAGCAGACAAAGAUUGGUCGAAACCGUAUUGGAGUAUCUGAAGGCUCCUAAGACACUCAUCUGACAUCUUCUACUUCAACUGCGGCGAUUUUGCUAUCCGUUUCCUCCCGUUUAUGGCACUCUCCAGGAGAUUGACCAUGCCAUGACGUUUCGUGUGGUGUUCGUGAAAUGCUUGAGUUAUUGAAACUCUCACGUAGUCUUCCUCCAUCUGUUUGGAAAUUUACUGUACUGACAGUUUCGUUCCUUUAGAUUGUCCUAUUACAUAAUGGCAUUUCUACAUCUUAUGACAAAAAAACUGAAAUUUAGCACCAACCUGAAUAUCAAGCAUGAUUGAGCGGAACAUCGCGAUGCAAUGUUCUUUUAAGACGUCAUCUAGUAUGGGAAUUAUCUUUUUUUUUUAUUUCGAUGUAAUUACAAUGCCGUUCAAUCAAAAGAUUAAUAUACUUCAGUACGAAUACAAUUUCUAAUUUAAGAUAAUGGUGGGACAAAAUUUUUUCCAUCGUACCAAAGUCGUACCCGCUUGUGAUUCCAGUAAAUCAUACCUAUAACACCAACAACGUUAGUUAUUCCACUUUUAAGUUAUCCCUAGUGAAAAUAUGACAAUUAAUAACAUUUAAUUGCUGUAGAUAACCAAAUCAAAGUAAUCUUAUAACAUUAAACGACAUAGAAGUUAAA